AUGAGUAGCAGCCAUUCAGGAUCCAUGUCAGAUCACUCCAGGGAUGCUGAUGCCAUGGAGGAGGAUGAGCGGCUGACAAAGAACACUUUAGAUGGCCGUAUCCAGUCCUCUCCCCAUCCUGCUGGCCGGCGACAGACCGUCAAAAUUACGCUGUGUCUCGAGAAAACCAGGACUGCAGAGGAGGACGGACAGAAACCCUCACCAAAGCCCUUCUCUUUCUCCUCUUCCCCUGAACCUCUUCCCCUCUGGUCCCCUCAAAAACCCCUGUCUCGUGCUUUAGCCCCACAGAAGCCCUCACAUGAACAGAGGGGUCAGAUGCCCUCUUCUGAACACACACAGCCUGUUCAUAACCCAAAGGAGAGCAGUGGAAACCCAGAGGAAAUCUCAUUGCACCGCAACAGAUCUACAUCGCGAAAGCGCGUGCAUUCCGAGGUCUCUCUAAAGCAACCUGUUUCUCAGCAACUCUCCAGCCAGAACGGCAAUGACACCAACCUGUUGCUGAAUCCUUGUCCUAAUGGAGCGCUCGACAGUGAAGUUCAGGAUGCCCCCUUGGAUCUCAUCAAGAGGCGCCGCAUGCAGAGCAGCACCCUCAACAACAAGCGGCAUGGACGCGGAUCGAGGAAGACCAAGAGGCCUAAGUCUCUACAUGCAGGAAGGAGUCUCCUGAAAACCACCUCGUCUGACUUCCACAGCAGCAAGGACUCCGACUCUGACUCUUUGGGAGAUGGUGGCAAAGAUGAAGAUGAUGCAGAUGAUCUUGAGGAGGAGGAUUCUGAGAGCCAGUCAGAGGGCGAUCUGGUGAUUGACAUGUCACCCUCUGUCGGCUCUGACGAUGACAUGACAGAGCGAGCUGAGUCUGAACUUACCCCACUGCCAGGAUCAGGGAAGAGGAGCAGACUGACAGUUGACAGAGUUCUGAAGUUGCCUCUUGAGUAUGGGUGGCAGAGAGAGACUCGGAUCAGGAGCGUGGCAGGUCAACUCAAAGUGGAAGUUGCUUACAUUGCACCAUGCGGGAAGAAACUGCAUCGGUAUCCUAAUGUGACAAAGUACUUGGUGGAGAAUGGAAUAUCUAAAAUCUCAAGGGACAACUUCAGCUUUAGUCCAAAAAUUAAAGUUGGUGCCUUCUAUGAAGCCAGACAAGGACCAGAGGGUCGUCAGUGGUUUUUACUGGCUGAGGAGGAGAUCACUCCCAUUAUCUCAGCGAUGGAUGACAAGCUGCGCCGCCAACUGGAGGAUCAAGAAAUGGCUGGACUGUUAGCUGAGAUUAAAUUGAUGAAAAAAAUGGAGAUGCAGGCCAAGGCCCGAGCAGCCAAAGAGGCCAGGAGGCAGGAAGCCGUAAGGCUGGCUGAGCAGAAGAGGAUAAAGAGAGAGCAUAUGAAACUUCUCGAACAGGAGAAGAUGAUCAAACGCAUGCAGCAGCUCCGAAUGGAGAAAGAACGCCGUGCUCAGCAACUUCUCGAGGCUAAAAGACAGAAACAGGAAGAAGCAGCCAAGGCCCGAAAAUUGGCGGCUGAGAAAAGAAUCAAGAAGAAAGAGCGUCUGAAGCAGGAGAAGACAAACGAGGAACGGCUAAACAAGGAGAGGGAACUCCAGCUCAGACAAGUGGAGCUGGAAAAAGCCAAUGCCCCAAACGAAGACAUGUGCUUAGCCGAUCUGAAGUGUCUUCCAGAGCUUUCGCGAGUCCCUGGUCUGGUCUUGGAAGGAAGCACCUUAUUUCACUGCCUGAAGGUGCUGCAGUUUUUACACACCUUUGGAAAGGCCCUGGGAUUAGCGAAUUUAAACGACCUCGAUUUAAGUGUCCUUCAGGAGGGUUUAAUUAACACUGGGGGCAGUAUGGUUAAAGUUCAAGACCUGCUGGUGAGCAUGGUAUCUUCAGCCAUACAGUUUCCCGGGAUACCUGCAGGUCAUAGGAGCAAAACCCUACUAGGGGAAGACUUGAGUAAUGUGGCCAUCAACAGAGACAAUGUGUCUGAGAUCCUGCAGAUCUACAUGGAGGCUCACAGUUAUCAGACAGAGUUUGCUCCUCUGGCCCUCAGUCUCAGGACUAGAGCUUUUCAGGACCACAGUCCCUCUCAGAAGGUGUCCAUGUUGACCUUCCUGGUUAAUGGGCUAACCUGGAGUAACGCUGUUCACAGUGAGAACGACAAGAACAUGGAACACAUGACCGGACUGUGGAAGGAUAAGUGGGCUGUAGAGGAUCAGCUCCGAGAACUGUGGAGCCUCCACAACAAGAGGACUGAGCAGAGAGACAGCAGUGUGGGCGGAGAUGACAGCAAGGACCAAGCAUAUGAAGAGGAGGAAGAGGAUUCUCGAGCAGAGAUACGGGAGGAGGAGGACAACAAUGUGAACUCCGCCAGUGUGGAGGAGCUGGAGAAACAAAUCGACAAAUUAUGCAUGCAACAUAACCAGAUCACAAAGAAGCUGCUACACUCUCAGUCACAGCCCUCCCUGAUGAUUGGACAGGACCGCUACAUGAGGCGUUACUGGCUUCUCCCAGGGUGUGGCGGCGUCUUUGUUGAGGGCAUAAUGAGCAGCGAAGGUUAUGAAGAGUUGAAGGAGACACAGGAAACCUCCAGCCCCCAGCCUGUCCUUCAGGACGAUCAGCUGACUAAGACACUAACUAACAACACUGUCAACACGCUUGAGACCCCAGAGGCCCUGUGUGACUUCCCCCGACCUCAGCCCAUCCCUAAGGAGAUGCUGCGUGGUUGGUGGCGAGUGUCCGACGUGCAGGAGCUCCACAGUCUGGUGGAGGCGCUCCACAGUCGAGGCUUCAGAGAGAAUGCUCUUCGGAAUCAGAUCCAAAUUAAUAUGGAGUAUUUGACCCUGCUCUAUUCCAACAGCGAAGAUGCGUUUGAUGUGGCGAAGCUGGAUAAAGUGAGGGAGAAAACCGUGGAGAGUUGGUGUGUGGAGGAGCAGGCCAUGGAGGUGGACAUGAGCCAACAGCAGCCGGUGGAGGCUCUGGAGAGGAGAGACGUCUCUGGCGGUCCGCAGAUCAAGCAAAGCGCUCAAUUCCUCCGGAGUACGGGGCUACAGAACCAAAAAGCUGGGGGAAGGAAGAGGCGCAGGGCCAAGCUUGACAGCCAUGGGUCCUGUGCCAAAAGAGCCAAACUGGCCAAGGAAGACAAAGUUUGGCAGGAAAUGUGCCGAGUUCUGCUGGCUGAGCUGGAGGCUCAUGAGGACGCGGGGCCCUUUCUAAAACCAGUCAACCUCAAAACCUACCCCUGGUACAAAAGGAUAAUCAAAAAGCCCAUGGACUUCUCGACCAUCCGAAAAAAAAUAACCAACAACAAGUACCAAAAUUCCGAGACUUUCAACAUGGACGUCCACCUCGUGUUUGACAAUUGUGAGAAGUGCAAUGAGGACGAUUCACAAAUUGGACGUGCAGGACGGACCAUGAAAGAGUUCUUUGAUAAACGAUGGGCUGAGCAGCUGAGGAAAGAACAAAGCUAA